ACAUUCACGCAGACAGUUCGGGAGCGCCCGGCAGCCUGGAAACUCGCGCGCGCGACACGUGGGUAGUCUCGGCGCGAUGGCGUCUUGGUGAUGGGGUGAUGAGGGGGUGGCGAUCGGACGGCGGGAGGGCGAGGAGUUGGAGCGUGUUUCGGUGUCGUCCACCAUUUGAAAGCGCUUCGGCGCCAUCUUCGGCUUGCGCUUCGUCCAGUGGUGUCACAGGUAGCGAUGUUUUUGGUGUAGAUGUAGCAAUCGACACCGUAGGCGAUGUGGCCUCAGUCUGUGUAACCGCUAUUGAUACCGUUGUUGCUCUUAAUGGUGAUCUUAUUGAUGAUGCUAUUGGUGAUGCCGCUGUUACCGGUGUUGAUGAAAUCGGUGUUGUUAAUGGUGUUAUCGAUGUUGUAGGUACUGUCGAUGCUAUGUGUAUCCCAGUAUCUGGCGAACCGCUCGCACGACUCCUCGCUAGAAGCAAGCGAGAUAAAGCUGCUCUUUUCUCAAGCUCCAGAAAAGACAUGCCUUCUGAUGCAGCGGCAGAAGCAAUGCAGGAAGAGAGUCUCAUACGGAAGGUUUUCACGUCUGUGCUGACAUACUGCGUUUGCCAGAAGAAGGGUGGAUGGAAAGAUGUUGAACGGACGAUAAGCUUUGUGCACAUGAUAUCUGAAAGGGAAAUCCUUCAGGGGUUCUUUGUCAUGCAUGAUCUCUUGGCAGACCUUCUGGAAUCUGUGCUGCAAGAGUGCCCGAACCAGGUGUCGCUGAUGACUCAACCAUGCCGGGACAACACACUCUACAUACUUGCCUUGGUGGAUGAGCUUGUGAUGAAGGACACAGUGCGGUAUCUUCCGGCAGUGGGUGAUACACGACCAGAAGACAAAGACAGUAUCUCGCUGUCCGGUGGUGGUUAUGGCCUUGCUUCGCUGCUGAAGCCUGGCUCUCGCCGAUUCUCAUUGGGUGAUCAGAUUGCCUCCACAGCACAGGAGCUGCCGCCCCCCAUAUGCAGUAGGAGGAUGUCUGGCAUUCGUGAGAGUGCACGGGGAUGGCACAAGGAGACAGUUGGAGCAUCGUCGCACAGUAUUAGCCGAGACAAGUGCUGGCGAUUGUACAAUCAGGUGUGGGUGUUGCUGGAAAUGAUGAAUGGAAGAGCGAGGGGUGCAGCUUUUGCCGCCAGUGACAGUGUUGUGCUUAUGGGAGGUUCAAGUGGUGUUGCUAGUGGAAGUGGUCUUGCGGGUUUGGUUCCUCCACCGACAAUUGGGCAACGGGCUCGCUGCCUGGUUGAGAGCAUCAAUGCACCUGCUGCAGAAGUGGCAGCUGCUGUAUCUGGCAGCUUUGGUGCUGUGGUUGGUGGUGGCAUUAGCGGUAUCACUAGCAAGGGCUCUGACAAGGCAAUGAAGAUGAGAGGCGAGAAAUGCCCAAGGGUAGUGUUCAGAUUGGUGCUUCUGUACUUGCAUGAAGCUGAUCUAGAAUCUGCUGCCAAGUGCAAGAACCAGUUCCUGUCACUUCUACCUGAUCUGCUUUCCGUGGAGAAUGAAGCAAAUAAGAAUCGUCUGCAGUUGUUCCUGCGGGCUUUGCAUCAUGCAAAAUCCCUGGUGGGCUUUAUGGAUGAUGGGGCCAGGGGAAAUCUCAUUUUGCAGCUGAUUCAAAAGACCAGUGAGCACUUUAGGAGCAUGGUGGCCACAACUGUUGAUAAGGAGAGGAGAGGCAAGGACGAUCUUGAGGACGAAGAGGACUCAAUGCAGUCGCUUCAGCAUGAUAAGGUUGCUGCUGCGCUUAACUCGCAAACCGUCAAGAAUGCGCGGCCUCUUCCUCGCAUCGACGAUGGCAGCGCGAAGUAUUUUUCUAAGUUGGAUUUGAAGUCGGGAUAUCAUCAAAUCUCGAUCCGACCGAACAAUCGUUACAAAUCCGCGUUCAAGACGCCGUAUGGGCAUUUUGAGUGGGUGGUCAUGCCUUGUGGCCUCACCAAGGCCCUGACAACCUUUCAAGUGGCAAUGACCAAUGAGUUCCGUGCAAUGUUGGACCGGUCCGUGUUGGUCUACUUAGACGAUAUUCUCGUCUAUAGCCGGUCAUUGGAGGAUCAUCUUGAGCACCUUCGACGAGUGUUGGAGACGCUCCGUCGCGCCAAGUACAAGGCCGACCGCGACAAGUGCGAAUUUGUCCGGCAAGAGCUGGAAUACUUGGGCCAUUUUGUCACACCGGAGGGCAUCAUUCCGCUAUCGAACAAGAUUCAAGCCAUCCAAGAGUGGCCGGACCCACGGAACGUCACGGAUGUCCGUUCGUUCCUUGGUCUUGCCGGCUACUACCAGUGUUUUAUCAAGGGCUACUCAAAGAUCGCGGCCCACUUGACCAAGCUUCAAUGCGAGAAUCGGCCAUUUGACUUUGGAGAGGAGGCGCGGGAAGCAUUUUUGGCUCUCAAAGUCGCGCUAUUAUCCGCGGAGGUCUUGCGCAUAUACGAUCCGCUUUUGCCUACGCGCGUCACUACGGAUGCGUCUGGCUAUGGCAUUGGUGUCGUCCUCGAGCAACGCGAUGGCGUGGACUGGCACCCGGUCGAGUAUUUCAACAAGAAAGUGGCCGCCGUGCACUCCAUUGACGAUACACGCAAGAAGGAGCUCCUUGCCUUCGUCCACGCGCUCAAGCGAUGGUGGCAUUUCCUCCUUGGUCGAAGCCAAUUCCGAUGGGUAACGGACAACAAUCCGUUGGUCUUUUACAAGACCCAAAACACCAUCAACAGCACCAUCGCUCGAUGGAUGGCUUUCAGCGACCAGUUCGACUUAUUUCCCGAUCACAUUCCGGGGAAGUCGAACCGUUUUGUGGAUGCUCUUUCACGACGUCCGGAUCAUUGUACCGCGGUCUAUUCAACCUUCGAGAUCGACGACGACCUGCGGGAUGGCUUCAUCCGCGGCUACCAAGCCGACCCCAAGUUUCACGACAAGUACGGGAAUUGCUCCUCUCCUAAUCCCUCGCCUUCUCACUACCGGAUCCAAGAGGGGUACUUGCUUGUCCACACACGGGGGAAGGACCUUCUUUGCGUACCGAGUAACCCUCACUUGCGUACACGGCUUCUUGGCGAGUUCCACGAUGCUCCCGCCAUCGGACACUUUGGAGUCAAUCACACGAUUGGCCGACUCCGCGAGCGAUUUUGGUGGCCCGGCCUUCUCGGUGACGUCACACGCUAUUGUGAGUCAUGCGAGGUUUGCCGACGUUGCAAUCCCGCAACCAUCGUCCAUACGGCGAGAUGCGACCAUUACCGGUCCCCUUGCGGCAAAGGGAAGCGAUUGCCAUGGACAUUACCGGCCCGUUCCCCAAGCACAAGACAAGAGUGGAUGGGAUUCUCACGGUGGUCGAACGACUCGCCAAGUUCACCAUGUUUUUGCCUUGCCGUUAUCAUGCCAAGGCACCAGAGUUGGCCGAGGAGAAUGGAGGCGGCUAGCCAGGUGGCGAAUGAAUUGGAGGAGGUGAAAAAGCAAAGAGAGCAGAUGGCGACGCAGGUGGACCUAUUGGGGAAGAUGGAGAUAAUGGCGAGGAACAUAGAGCGCCUGGCACAAGUCCAGGAAGAACAAUAUCUAUUUGGUAGAGGUCAAGACAUUGCCUUACGCUCUAUACGGUUGAGGCUCAGGGACUUCGCCAGGGAAUUGGCGACGCAGGUGGGCUCAGAGGUGAGGCCCCGCUUAGAGGGCACAAAACGUUAUUGUACGGACGCCAUAGAAGGCGCCAGAUUGACUACUCCCAAGGAGGAGGAAGCACGUCCCCGAAGGGAGCCUGUCAAGGUCAAGUUCCCUGACUCUUAUAGUGGGAAGAGAGAGGAGAAUUUUGACAAUUGGGAAGCCAAUGUCAAAACCUACGUCCAUCUGCAGAAGGUCUCCCCGGACGGGCAUGUCCCAAUAGCUAUCCAUGCCCUUCGCGACGAAGCAGCAAGCUUCGCUCGUUUCUUGUGCCGCGCUGCUAACUGUAAUGAUGAUCUAGUCGCGUAUUCUGCAUUCACUCCCCUCACUGACUUCCUUAAGUUAUUGCGCGAACGAUUCGCAGAUGUCUCGCAUAGCGUCAAAGCCUCCGAUAGAUUGCAAACCAUCCACUCUCGUCAGUGGAAGAGUGCCAGAGCACUGGUUGCCAUCCCGGACCAUGGGGUCACAGAGACCCAAUUGGUCAACCUCUUUUACUGGGCUAUGCUCGAACAAUUACGAGGGCACUUCUUUGAGAAGAGCCAGCAGCCCACCAUGACCUACGACGCAUUGACCAGGGAAGUGGUGGCGUUCAAGGCGAGGUCCAUGGUCUCUCUAGGCACUUCCCUCACAGGCGUGGCCGAUGAGCUAAAGGAGAGGAUGCUCGCCUGGGCCAAGAUGAAAAAGGAGAGUAGAGGACAACUAGUUUUGGUAGAUGUAGAAAUUUUCAGAGGUAGAGUAGGGGCCCUAGUAGAUAGUGGGGCCACGCGCAGCUAUAUCGGUAGAAAGGCGGUGCAGAAGUUGAAGUUGGGGCGAAAAGUCCAGAAGUUACCAGAACCCAUAGUGAGCAUCCUCGCAGACAAUCGCACGAUGCGAGUAGAGGAUUAUGUAGAGGGAGUCCAGGCGUUCUUUCACCUAGAGAAAGAUGGGAAGGUGGAGAAAGUUCUCCAUUCCCUGACUCUCCUCGUAGAGGAUCACCUUUCUUUUGACAUAGUUCUGGGAAUGGAUUGGGGAGAGGCAGCCGGGGCCACACUCCAUUUGAGAGAGCACGAGUGUAGGCGCCCUAGUCCAUCAGGCGGGGUCAAGACUGCCCGUUUGUUCCACGUGUCAGGAGUAGACGACUCCCUGGCACACUGCUGCCUUAGCGCUCCUACAUUUGCAAGAUUAGUGAAGGAGGAGCAGCUAGAAGAACAGGUCUUUGUAGCCUAUGCUAGGCCAGUGACUGAGCCUAAAGAGGAGAAACCUAUAGACCCUGCUAUGGCCAAGCUGCUGGAAGAGUUUACAGACUUAGCUAAGCCACCAACAGGAGUAGUACCGCGACCAAUCCAACAUCGUAUUGAAAUAGAGCCUGGCAGUAGGACUCCUAAGGGAGCAGUGUAUAGGAUGUCCCCGCGGGAGUUGGAGGAGCUGCGCAAGCAAUUAGACGAGUUCCUAGAGAAGGGUUGGAUUAGGCCCAGUUCGUCUCCAUUUGGAGCACCUGUUCUGUUUGUUCCCAAGAAGGAGGGAGAGCUCAAAAUGUGUAUAGAGUAUAGGGCUCUCAAUGCUAUCACCGUGAAGAAUGCAGAGCCUCCGCCCCGUAUAGACGAUCUUUUAGAUCGGGUGCAGGGUUGCAAGUAUUUUUCGGAGAUAGAUCUGAAGUCCGGAUAUCAUCAGGUAGAGGUCCAUCCUGAUGAUCAGUAUAAGACUGCGUUCCGGACUAGAUAUGGGCACUACGAGUUUAUAGUUAUGCCCUUUGGACUAACCAACGCGCCAACGACUUUUCAGCGUUUUAUGAAUGACUUGUUUAGGUCGUGGUUGGACAGGUUUGUGGUAGUCUAUUUAGAUGACAUUCUAGUGUUCAGUCGGACCCUCCAGGAGCAUGAGGGUCGUCUAAGGCAGGUCUUGGAGAAGCUCAGAGAGGCUAACUUCAAGAUCAGCGCGAAGAAGUGUGAAUGGGCAAAGACCCAAGUUCUGUAUUUGGGCCAUGUCUUAGAUGGAGACGACAUCAAACCAGAAGAUAGUAAGAUUGCAGCAAUUAAUUGGCCUACACCCCGCACGUUGACAGAGUUGCGGUCGUUCGAAGGCCUAGCUAACUACUACAGGAAGUUUGUUAGGAACUUCUCCACCAUCGCUGCUCCCCUUCGCAGGUUGUUGAAGAAAAAAACAAUCUGGAAGUGGGACAAGGACUGCAUGUUUGCCAUGAAGAAGUUGAAACAGGGAUUGAUAGAGUACGCAGUCCUUAAGCAAGACGAUGGCAAUGGAUAUAGACCCGUAGAGUUCAUGUUUGCUAGGAUGCCUUCAGAGAAGGUAGCGACAUGUACCUACAAGAGGGAACUCUACGCUCUCAGGCAAGCAUUAGAGCACUGGAAACACUACUUGCUUGGGAGGCACUUCAAAGUCUAUCCAGACCACGAGACAUUAAGGUGGUUGAAGACUCAGGCCAAGAUGACACCUAAGCUGACUAGGUGGGCCGCAGAGCUAGACCAAUAUGAUUUUGAGCUCAAGCCCCUCAAAGUUAGAGUAGUUGUGGACGCUCUGAGUAGGAGAGCUGAUUACUUUGGAGCGAUAGUUCAUUACCUGGAUAUAGGGAGAGACCUGCAACAAAAAGUUAGAGUGGCGUAUGUGCAGGACCCUAUCUACAGUGACCUCCUCAAAAGAGUAAAGGAGGCCCCAAGGUGCCGUUUUGGACUUGCAGCCCCAAGGCCGGACCUUGGGACUGGGUACACUGGAGGCAGGCCCGAAACGAGGUCAGGCGCAUUUUGGCACCAGACGGUAGGUGCAGACGUCGUUUCGGCCCUGCAGGUCCCAAGGCGACGCCUUGGGCUAGGUGCACAGCUGAAGGAUGAGAUGAAAUACAUCUCACAAGCACAAAAGCAGCGAAUGAACGAUGUGGAGGCACUGAAAGCAGAGCUUGACGAGGCGUCUGCAGCGGAGUCUCAGCAAUUGCGAGCAAUGGAAGAGCAACGCCAGACAGUGCUUGCAACUAUAGUGAAUGCAGAAACAGCUCGUCGUUCAGCGCUUCAACUUGCAAUUGAUGAAGAGCAGCAGGCAAUUGUGAGACACUGGUGUCACAUGUUCCGGGGCUUGACAGAUGAGCGUGGUCCUUGGGCGCCAGGGCCUUCGCCAGGUGACCCACCUCUCCGAUGGAAGCUGGAUAAGACAGAAGACCCUUGGAGGAGGAGAAUGAGGCUGAAGAGGAAUUACCACUUUGAUGAGAACUUGGUUGCACCUACGAAUCCUUUGCCUCCUUUGAAGAAGCCACAUUCUGAAGGUGAUCAAGAUGAAGGAGCUGGAGAAAAGGAGUCGUCAGAGCCAGCAGGAGGUGGGAUUAGACAUGUGCUUUUGACCGGUCUGAUGGGAGUCAAACAAAAAGGGGUUGUGGAAGUGUCAGGUACAGACGAUCCAAGUGGGAAGGGGGAUUUUGGAGAGGCAGAGGUGGAUAAUGCGGCAUUGGUCGCUGGUGCAGGGGCUGCAGUAAUGGCAGCAGCUAAUGAUGAGCUUGAGAAGAGGCAGCAGAGUGGGUCAGGGGCAGAAACUUCCGGUUCCUCUUUGGAAGAUGACAAGGUGUUUGUGUCAUUGCUCAGUGUGUUGAUAACGCCUAAGAGGAAAGUUGCUGGGCGGCUGGAGUUGAUGCGAAAGCAUCUGAUUUUUCAUGGGGAAAUGACGGUGGAGGGUAGUGCUGGCUCAUCAGUAUUUGAGAUGAUGACCUCUGGUGAAGGACCGUACGAAGGGACUGCUGGGUUGGGGCAGAAAAAAGCUGAUAGGAAAGUACGGGAUAGCUAUGAUGGAAAUGACAAACCGAGGAGCCCUGAGCAGCGAUGGGAGGGAUUCCUUAAAGGUGGUCUUCCCAGAGGCGGGUCUGCCACGGUAUCGUCAUCAAUGUCGAUGGCUUUGAACAUGAUGGAUGCUCCUAAAGAUGUAGUCAAGAGGCACAGACGCUGGGCCUUUUCACAGGUGAGGAUGUCCUUGUGAUUUCCCAUCUCCUUUGGUAAUUUGCCAGCCAAGAGCAUGCUGAUGAAUGCAGUAGGUUUGCCGGGCAUAG